GGCUCGUUCGCCUUCCAUUGACAUUUGAUAAUAUACCGCGAAAGCGUCCACACACAGGUGAGCGAUCGAGUGUGCGCGGUCGCUUUGUGUUCCGGUCGUCUUCAGUUCACGAUCGGGAGUUUAAGCCAGUUCCGCGUUGGACGUUAAUCUAAAAUUUGUUUCACACUCAGAGUGCUAUUGCGUGCGUGGUUGAAUGAGACGCCGUUCACAUACAUUGUAGCCGUGUAGUGAAAAAGUACCCUCACGAGACCGGGCGAGAAUCAGACAGUUGGUGGGAAGGUCCCACACGUGACCAGAAUACGAACCGCCAAAUUACGUGCCACAAGCGUUCUUGUUGCCAAACCAAACAACAUUUGCACGGAAGCAGUACAGCAGGCAAGUCCCAGCAAGAAGGUCAAUCGUUAUUCGAACAAGUGAGCAUCGUGAAGGUGAAAGUGUUCCAAUAGUGGUUUGCCAGCAUUAUCUCCCAACGGAUACAAGACGAAUACAAUCGAAGUGCUAGUGAAGGUGCAUUAUUUUUCUGCUAUUCUGCAAGUUCGAUUUAGGAUACACAAAGCCAUCCUUCCAAACACCCUUUGAUCGUUGAAUUAUACGGUAUACGCUAGGUGGAGAAAUAUUCAAUUUCCUCUCCAAGAAGCUACCAAAAACUGGAAUUCGAGAAGCACCCAUUCUCGUGCACAAUAGCAAUAGAACGUUUUCCGCACACCGUAAAUAGUGCCUGAAGAAGAUUCGACGAAACGAAAAUGGCAUUCAACAUGAUCGCAUCGAUAGUUUGCGGCGCUUUGCUGCUCUCUACAGCGACUGCCGUGGUCAAUAAUAAUGGAAAUCAAUCGACACAGGAAGCUCAGCGGCGGGAAGCUCCCCUUGCAGAUUCUUAUGGCCCUCCGCUAGCGUCUGGACCCGAACUACCUGCUGGUGCUCCAGCAGUUGCUCAUUAUCCACCACCUCCGCCAGAUAUACCUCCACCCGCUCCCGCUCCUCCACCAGUGCAAGCUCCUCACAAGGAAUAUGGAGUUCCGGUGCAAAGUUACGGCCCUCCAAAUGUCAACAUUGAGUAUGGACCGCCGCCAGCACCUGUUCCGAAGCCCGUUUACCAUCCACAUCCCAAGCCUCAGUACCAUGGACCUCCACCAUCGCAUCACAAGAAGUCUUCAUCGUUCCUUGAACAGCUGUUCUCGACGUUUGGCUUCGGUGGAGGCGAUGAUGACCAUCAUUCCCAUCACGGCCAUCAUCAUCACGCUCCCAAGCCUGUGUAUGGUCCUCCCUCCCAACCGGCACCAGUCUAUGGGCCACCCUCAGGACCUGUAGCCCCACCAAAGCCUGUCUACGGACCACCCGCACCUGCUCCGCAGCCGAACUAUGGUCCGCCAGUCCAUCACGCACCUCCGAAACCUCUGUACGGUCCCCCAAAACCUACGUAUGGUGCGCCAUUCCAGUCUGGCUUUUCCGUGCAGUCAGCUUCCUUCGGACACCAGUCCGCUUCCUUCGGACACCAGUCCGCUUCCUUCGGACACCAUCCCGCCUCUCCAGUCCAUGCUCCACCGACUCCUCCGGAGAUCAAGUGUGACGGAUGGAAACCUAUUGCCGGUCCCGUCGUUCAGCCUGAAGUGCAUGCGCCUGAAUCAUCCUACGGUCCUCCACCGAGUGGCGACUUUUUGGGCACGCAACAUCAGCUUGAGUCUAGUGGUGCCAGCGUGGCAACCAGUGAUAUUGGGCUACAGUUGCCCAAGCUAGAGCAUGGGCCUGUCUUCAACGCCCACUCAGAGCAUCAUGCCGGUGUGGAAUUGUCCAAGGGUAACAGCUAUGAGGUUCACUCGAACUUCAUCAGCGACUCUUAUGGAGCUCCUCCGGUGGAUUCAUUCCUUCCCGGCAAGUACAAGCCUUCGUUUGCUAAGCCAUUGGCUCCACCGCCGCAGAAGCUCCAUUUUCCACCGGCUCCCCACUACGGUGCACCGCUGCGUCAUCCCGGUCUUGGCAUUUCACACGGCAGCGUGAGUGGAAACUUGAAACCAUGGCCCGUUUCUGGCUCACCACCUCGCCAUCCUAUUGCAUACCGCCCACCGGUACCGCAGGGUCUCAUCGAAUCCAUUGGACAUGCCGUUGAGCAUCAGGAAAACUUUGGAACUAAGCCAGCCUAUUCCGGCGACGUGUACCUGCCGCCGCCAACGCGUGAUGUGGCUCAUUCGGGUCCGUCGAGCUUGGAAUUGAACGCACUGCCAUCGGAACAGCCCGCUAGACCGUUCCUCACUCAGCAUCAGCUGCCCGAAGCGCAAUCCUACGCCCAGGAGCCACGCUACCAAGCGCAUGACGUUGUUUCAGUCUCCAGCGACUGUGGACAUGGCCCCACCUCUGUGGACGUCCAACAAUCGAUCCAAACGAACCAACUAUCCAUCGUCGGACCAUCGGCUACGGCCAGUUACUCAGCAGAUUACAGCAACAGUCACAGCGCUCAGGAGCACUACGCUGGCGAGAGUUCGAGCAGACACGUCCAAGCAUCCAGCCUGCCCGGACUCGACGGAGGUCUAGGAGGGUUGGAGCUGAUUUCAGCCCAGAAAUCCCAGAGCCUUACCAUCCCGGUGCAGGGCCAGCAUGGCUCCUACCAUCUGCAGUUCCAAUCGGCCGAUCCGCAAGGGGCUGGUUCUGCUCCACAUGAACAGAUCCUCUCCGAAGGGCUUUUGCAGUCAAUUUUGAGUGCUAUCGAACAGCCUCAGCAGCAUCGUGCCACGGAAGAGCAAGAUUCCUACGACCCCAACAUUGAUCACAGCGAAGUGUCCGUGUUUCUGAAAAGUCCCGAAGGUCAGAAAACGCUUCAAGAUCACCCGAACGGGCACGUAGGUCACAAGCGAUGAGCUACCACGACAUGAUGGAAUCAAGUCCCUCUCCCAACCACCUCCAUUGUUUAACUUAUUUCAUUCCCUGAACCAUCCUUCUAAGCAAUCGUCUUCCAAUAUCGAUGCUUCCUUGCGGCACACCCUUCGUGCGGCUAAUUAUCAAUCAUACCCUUCAUCGAGCAUUCCCAUCGUCACGAGGGCAGCAUCGAGGAACGUGCCGCGCAGAGACCGCAAUCUUUCAUAAAGAUGUCAUCUUGGAUGGCGUAAGCUCAGUUGCCCCGGUAUCAAACAACCGCUAUAGCCACGCGUUUCAUCUAUCAUGUGGAAAGCUAGUUGGUUCAUCAAACCAAUGUACGAGAGGUGUGUUACACCUGGGCGGCCUUUGUGACAAGAUGCUGCAAAGAGCGGGAAAAUGCACCGAAAUGCAGCGUGAGAUGACGCUGUAGAAUGAGUGUGCAAACAAGGAAGCAUAGGGUAGCAGAAGGAGAUGUGCAUUGUAAUUAAGUAUUUAAUUAUUUCAUCUACCGUUGAACAGCGCUGUUCCGCGGUCGUUACUGUAAGGGUCGCAUGGGUGUAGUGCUGGUGAGUGUAUGAACGUACGAAUGUAUGUAUACGUGUGUGAGUGUGUAUUCGUAUAUGAUAAUUGUAAUGUGCGUAUGCUAAGUAGGUGCAAGCAACAUGUAAACUACUUGGAAAAAAUAAAAUCAUAAAUAUCACGGGA